AUGUCUCAAAACGAGGAAUGGUUAGUGAAAUUUGUUUAAUUCGUAUUAAUUAUCACCAUUAUUUAAAAUCAAAUUUUUUUUAGGGUUCUGAUAAAUUACGAACCAAGGAAUUAAUUUUUUUCGUAUUUUAGGGAGAAUGGUCGCGGACUUCCCCGUUCUUUUGCCGACGAUCCCUUCUUCCAGCAUCAUCAUCGACAGCCAAGUGCCGAAUUCUUCCGUGAUUUCCCCCCAAAUCCCGGCCCCACUCGGAGAUUCGGCUCGAAUCCUCGACUUUUCCCUGAGGGCAAUGACCGAUUCUUUGACGAUUUCGACAAUUCCUACAACUCCCUUCCACGAAGGCCUCCCUCAGUGGCGUCGGAGAGGACGAUCCCCGUGAAUCGGCCGGGAAAUCUUCCCCCUGGGCCUGCUCAAAGAGGGCCUUCGCCUUCACCCCGGAGAGACGAGGUAUGUUUCGAAAGUUCGAUGAUAAUGAUUACGCAACAUUAUGACUAAACGAGAAGGGACCGGUGCAAUUAUUCCACGUUUUGUUUCAGGCGAUUCCGGCGCCAGCCCCUCCUCCAAAGCCUCAGCAAUCAGCCCCACCUGCACCAUCGCCUGCCCCACAGGUGCACGUCAUCAACGUGCAUCCAAACAAGCAUGAAGGAAUCGUGGAGAUCAAUUCGGCCACUUCAAAUUACACAAACGGUAAAUUAAACCCCGAUCGAGCGCAACAAGAAGAGACGAAGGAAAAAAUUGAAACGAAAGUGAAGCCAAAAGAAGAGAAAGUUGAAGAAGAAACGAAGGCCAAGGAUAUUGGAGCACCUGGGCCAGAGAUGGCACCUAAAGAAGAGGUCAAAGAGAAGCCCAAAUUCAGUCGAAAAACGUCGGUAGAUGGAUGCUGUGACAAGUUGUAUAGUCUGCUUGACGAUACUGAAUUGAGGGUCGAGAAGUUGAGGUGAGUGAUCACACAAACGCCUGCUUUAAUGUCGUCUGUAAUUGUUUUACGAUUCAUUUAUUCAGGGAGACUGCGGCUCAGUUGGAAGCGGAGAAGGAAUCGCUUCUGGAGAUCAUCAACAACCUCAAAAUGAAUACAGAAAUCCUCAAAUUGGCAGAAAGUAAGUCCUCUUUUACACAAAUCAUCGAUUUUAGAUGACCAAGAGGACAUUAAUGCAACAACGGAAAGGAUCCUGAAACGAUGUCGAGCAGUUGACGUUGUGGUAAACACUCCACGGAACGAAGAGCAGACUCGGGCUCUGGAGGAAGUGAACUUCCUAAUUCAAGGGGUAUGCGAGAAAAUGAACGAAAACCUCGCCUUCAGCAAGGACGUAAGUGAAAUUGUAAUCAUUUUAAGCCUCUGUUUUGACAACGAUUAUCUUUGAAUCUUCAGGCAAUCGAGCGUUUCCUGAAUGCGUGUUCCCCGGAUGAGCCAAACGGCCCGAUUGAUCAGAAGUUCCAAGCCAAAGUUGUGGAAUGCACAGCAGACGAUCAGAAGAAGAUUCGCCGGCGUUUAGCCCAACUGAUCAGCAAGAUCGACCGUGCCGAAAGGACAGUAGCUGUCGAGAAUUGA